GAAAAAAUUGAAAAAGUACAAAUAUCUAAUUUGCAGAGCUGACUUAAAAGAUUCUUCGCACUCCACACAGCAAAGAUGAUAGAAAUUUAUCUGUUGGUUCUAGCAAGCAUAUUGCAGUUACUGAGCUACUCCGAUGGUGGUUUCAUAGCCUACGAGGACGCACGCAAAGCUGUUAUACAAGCCGAGGACUUGCUCAUCACCGGCGGCCGCAUACACCUAAAUGACAAGGAGGAACGAGUGAAUGAUAUAUUCAUGCGAUACAAGUUGGACGAGCUUGGCGCGGGCUUUUACGAUUCGGAUGUUAACGCAGCGGGUUUGCAUUUCUUCAAGGCUAAGCGGCUUGUGGAGAAGAGCAAAGUGCUGAAGUUCCUCAAGCGUAUGCCGAAGGGUGCCACCUUACAUUUGCACCACUCGGCAAGUGUUUCCUCUGAAUGGAUGGUACGUAAUAUUUCCUACAUGCCGGGAAUGCUGCGUUGCACCAAUAUUAUGGGCGUCAGCGUGUUAAGUUUUCGUAGGACGCCACGUGAUCACGGCUGUGUGACACAGUAUGUGCGUGUGAGUGACGAACGCUUUCGUUCGGUUAGUCCGGUCGCUUAUGAUCGCAGCUUUGAGAAGUUGAUCAACUUGUAUACACCGACGCCGGAAACUGAUUAUCCAACGAUUAAGCAUGUGUGGCGUAAAUUUCAGAAUAUGUUUAGCACGAUAAACGAUGUAUUGCGUUAUUUGCCGGCUUUUCGUGCCUACACUUGGCGUAUGCUGGAGGAGUUAUACGAGGAUAACGUGAUGUAUGCGGAGGUGCGAAUGGAUUUCAAAGAGCUCUAUGACUAUAGUGGACGCAUUUUCCCACCGGAGCGUUCCGUUCGUGAGGUAUUGACUAUCGUGGAAGACUUUCGUCGUGUACAUCCGAACUUUUUGGGCAUCAAGGUGAUUUUUUCAACACAUCGUAAUGUUGAACGGACGCGUGUUUUCGAGAAUUUUGAAAUGUUUAAAACCUUGCACACAGCGAAUCCCGAUUUCAUUAUCGGUUUCGAUUUAGUCGGACAGGAGGAUCUUGGUAAACCUUUACACAAUUUCAUCGGCGAGUUGGCGGAUCUGCCGAAGAGCGCGAAAUACUUCUUCCAUGCCGGCGAAACGAAUUGGUAUGGUGCCUCUACCGAUUUCAACCUUUUGGAUGCGCUCUUGUUGAACACCACACGCAUCGGUCACGGUUUUGCGUUAAUGAAGCAUCCGGUUUUAUGGAAUGCCGUGAAGAAGCGCAAUGUGGCCAUCGAAGUAAGUCCACUCUCGAAUCAGAUACUGCACUUGGUGGCGGAUUUGCGCAAUCAUCCAGGUAGCUUUUACAUGUCUCAGAAUCUACCAAUGGUUAUUUGCAAUGAUGAUCCCGGCUUUUGGGACACCAAGGGGCUGAGCUAUGAUUUCUACUAUGCGAUUAUGAGUUUGGCACCAAAUCAUGUGGGCUUGAAGACGCUAAAGAGUCUUGUUUGGAACUCGAUUCGGUACUCAGUGCUGACAAGACGAGAAGAGAGUGUUGCCUUUGAGAACUUGGAACGUUUGUGGGAUCAGUUCAUUAAUGAUGUAUUACAGGGCAGUGUUGUUUGAUGUAACAGUUUAUUAGGGGUUGUGUA